UAUUGCCCGCUGCUUAGCUGAAUAUCUUGUGCUGUAAAAAUGUUUUUGAAAUCGUAACAUUUCAAUUAUAAACCAAUGCGCUCUUAAUAUUUGCAAUUUUUAAACGUAUUUUAAUAAAACUGUAAAGACUUGAGCAAUAUAAGUGCAAGUAGUGACUUUAAACGAUAUCGUUUUGUUUUAUUUAUGUAUUGAGUGCACUGUAGUGUAUAGCAUUCCACAAGUAGUGUACUGUAAUCGAAAUAAUCGCAGUAAGCGUUCUUUUUUGACAUAGCUGCAAACCACCGUUGAUAGUGUCGCAAGCUUGUUAGUUUUGGCGAGUACUAUGAGAUUCAUUACGUGUUUUUGGAAUAUGAUUGGUGUUUGUAAAGGUGUUUAAAAUGUUUGAAAUAAUUUUUGUUUUAUUGUGAAAAGGAUUUGCAAUAUUUUUGUGCAAACCAUGCCUUCUAAAGAAGAAAACUGAAGAACGUUUGUGAUACCUGAAGUCUGCCUGCGUUACAUACGUUGUAGCGUAACCGCUUUACGUGUGUUUGGAGGUAUUAAAAUGGCUGAAAUAGUGUAUCCUCCAGGUUGCCGCCCCAUAACUGACGAUUUGGGCGCUGAUGAGCUUAUCAGGCGUCUUAAAACCCUUGCACACACGCUUCAAGCAAUGGGCCAAGAUGAAGGAGCAUACCAACAAUAUAUACCACUAGCAUUGCAUCUUGCUGAAGAGCAGUUUCUUACACACACAUCUCGAGAUGUUCAGUUACUAAUUGCCUGCUGUAUAGCUGAUGUAUUACGUGUUUAUGCCCCUGAAGCACCAUACAAAGAUUCAGAACAAGUAAAAACGAUAUUCUUGUUUCUUAUUGCACAAUUGACAGGCCUUAAAGAUCCAAAAGAUGCAGCCUUCAAAAGAUACUUCUACCUUCUUGAAAAUCUAGCAUAUGUCAAGUCAUUUAAUAUGUGCUUUGAACUAGAAGACUGCCAAGAAAUAUUUUGCGCCCUCUUUCAUCUUAUGUUCAAAAUUGUCAACGAUGAACACUCAGGAAGGGUCAAGAGUUUCAUGUUAGAUGUCCUUUGUCCUCUCAUUACUGAAAGUGACAUGGUCAGCAAUGAGCUGCUGGACAUUAUUCUCAUUAACAUCGUUGAGCCAAAUAAAACACAACGAAAAAAUGCAUACCUACUCGCGAAAGAAUUGAUUGUCAAAACUUCAGAAACCCUCGAGCCUUACAUACAAGCUUUCUUUAACCAAGUUUUGAUUUUAGGUAAAGAGGACAAAAAUCUAGGUAUUAGUGGCAAAGUAUACGAUCUCAUUUACGAACUAAAUCACAUUUGCCCUAAAGUCUUAGUACAAGUAUUACCACAGCUUGAAUGCAAACUUAAAAGUCCUCUAGAACAAGAAAGACUAGGAGCAGUAGCGCUUUUGGCUAGAAUGUUCAGUGAAAAAGAUUCUGAACUUGCCAAAAGACAUUCGGCCCUUUGGCGAGCAUUUCUUGGACGAUUUAACGAUAUUUCUGUCGCUAUACGUACAAAAUGCGUACAGUAUUCGAUGCAUUUUCUUUUAAAUCAUCCAGAUUUACGAAAGGAUAUAACUGAAACGUUAAAGAUGCGUCAGCACGACUCUGAAGAGAAUGUACGUUAUGAAGUAGUCAUGGCCAUUGUAACAACAGCAAGGAGAGAUUUUCAAGUUGUAUCAGACUCCGAAGACCUCUUAGAGUUUGUUAAAGAAAGAACAUUGGAUAAAAAAUUUAAAAUUAGAAAAGAAGCUAUGUCAGGCCUAGCGAUGAUUUACAGAAAACACUUAAAUGAUCCAGAUGUCCCAAAUGCCACAAAAAAAGCAGUUACAUGGAUAAAGGACAAAAUCUUGCAUGGAUAUUACAUGGCUAGCAUGGAAGAUAAAUUGCUAGUGGAGAGAUUACUUAAUACUUGCUUGGUUCCAUAUCAAUUACCUGCUGCUGAAAGAAUGAAAAAAUUGUAUCAUCUUCUAGGAACUGUAGAUGAACAUGCCACUAAAGCUUUUAUGGAACUUCAAAAGAAUCAGCUAUGUGUGCGUAAAUUGGUGCUUGAAUGGUUGGAACUCCACAGGCGGCCAGUGACACCAGAAAUUGAAAAGAAAAUCCCUGUAAAAAUACAAGCAUUGUCUCGAUGCCUGCCAGAACCUGUAAAAGCAAAUGAGUUCCUUUCGAAAUUUAGUUUACACCUAAGAAGAGAACCUCUGCUGUUAGAGAGUAUGGAAACAGUGGCUAGACCUUCGGUCAGUUGUCAGGAAUGUUCUGAUGCUACUGCAGUUGUCCUAAAAAAAUUGGGUCAACCUGUUAUGACUAAUCUUUAUUAUAAUACAGUUAAAAUGCUUUUGGAACGUGUGAGUUCAGUUAUGGUCGAUCAUGAGGCCAUUAGAUUGUUGAUAGGGUAUGUGGAGGACUGUUUAAGGGGCGGUAAUACCAUUGAAGAGGUUGGAUUACAUCCAGCUACUGCGGGAGAUCGGGGAUUGAAGCUUUUAGUCAUGCUCAGUGCUGUAUUUUCGUCUCAUUUUCAUCACAAUGACGUUUUGGAUCAGCUUCUCAAUCUACUCCAACUGGAAGACGAAAAUGUAUCUCCUCUUGUGCUAUCCGUAUUUACAUUCCUAGGAAAAUACAAGUGUCUAUAUGAACAGUUUAAGGAAAAGAUGGACAAGUUGGCACCCAUUUGUAAAGAGCUUGCAGAGCACGGGACGCCCAAACAAGCCAAAGCCGCAAUCCGUUGCAUUUAUGUUAAUAUGCCUGAUCUUCACGACCAAGUGUUCACAUCUAUACUCGAGACCAUCAAGGCGAAUAUGUAUCCUGAAUCUCCCCAUUAUCGCACUGCUAUUGUCACCCUAGGACACAUCGCAUACAACGUACCUGAACGCUGCAAAGUUCAAAUCAAAAACAUAAUAUCUAGAAAGUUGGUUAAAGAAUUGUUAGUAAAGGAAAGCUCGGACAACGACAGGGAUAGAAGCAUUGAUCCAGACUCGUGGUGCAGCGAAGAAGAUCUUCCUGAAGAGACACGUUGUAAAGUAGAGGGUUUGAAGGCAAUGGCCAGGUGGUUGCUAGGUCUUAAACAGGACAUUGCGUCUGCCCAAAAGACGUUCCGUAUGCUGAACGCCUUCAUUUUACAUAAAGGAGACCUUUUGCAAUCGGGACGACUUACUAAAGCGGAAAUGGCCUGGCUCCGAUUAGCAGCUGGCUGUGCGAUGCUGAAAGUUUGUGAACAAAAAGGUGUUGGUGACCAAUACACAGCCGAACAAUUUUACAAUCUCUCGCAACUAAUGGUUGAUGAAGUUAAACAAGUAAGAGAACGGUUCUCUGCCAAGUUGCAUAAAGGUCUAGGUCGUGGGUUACCAAAUAAGUGUCUCCCGUUAGAUUUUAUGGGCUAUUACGCUUUGGCCGGUCGGGAAACGGAAUCGAGACUAAAAUCAACCAUAAGGAAUUACAUGUUAGCUGACAUAAACAGGCGACGUGAUUAUGUGAAAACGUUGACAAUGACCAGCGGUCAGAUGGAUAAAGCAAUGUCCCAGUUACCACACAUCUUGCCUGAUUAUAUGCUUGUAUUCGCGAUACCGAUUUUAGCUCACGAUCCCGCGUAUUCCCGUUGGGAUGAUGUGCAAGACUUGAUACGUGCUCGUCAAUGUCUUUGGUUCAUCCUCGAACCACUUGUUACUUUAAAUGACUAUUUCAGUUUUGGUUUUUACAAAAGUUUAAUAGAGAGAAUGAAAAAUCAUAAAGACGCCCUCAGACCUGAUGACGACUCCGUUAACUACAAAAUUUGGGCUUUGUGCGAUCUCACGACUGGUCUCCUAUUAACAAAGACAACAAACUACGACAUGAAAGAUUUUCCUAGCGAGACGCGUAUUCCAACUAUGUACUUCGCACCUCAGCCUGAUGAUUUCGUAAACACAAAAGUAUUCUUGCCACCGGAGUUACAGUAUCAACCCAAUAAAAAAGGUGGUAUCACACUAUCCGUCAUUAAUUCUGAAAGGCAGGCGAAGAAGAGCAAAGUGAAACCAAAAGUGGAAGGGUGUGGGCCCCUUGGAACUGAUGUCAAGCCUUCGGAAGCGUCGGAGACAAAAAUUCAAUUACCUGUUUUGGAGGAAAGCUUAGACGAACCACCUGCGAAACGGUUAAGAAAACGAAUGAAAAUGGAACUUGAAAAGUGAUCCGUUGUACACAAGAACCAACAAAAACUUAAUAUUGAAAAAUGACUUAAUAAAAGUGGACUGGUUAGUGAUUCCAAUAUUGUAAAAAGGAGAGAUAAGAAACUGACUUUCUCGCAGUAAAUGUAGAAUGACUUUUCUCGUUGAUAAAAAAGGGUUGCACCAUAACUUUAAAUAGACCGGUCUACAAGAAAAAUAAAUAGUUUUGUGACGUUAAAUGAAGAAAAAGAAAAAACAGACAAUGUUUGAAAUUCAUUCUUAUGGGAAUUGGAUCGGUCUUCUUUACCAAGUCUACGUAGUUACAUAAAAAAUUUUACAAAUAAUAACCAUUAUAAUGGUAUUAAUAAAAUCAUCUUGAAUGACUAAAAUGCAGAAGAAUUUAUUUUUUAUAUAUACCGGUAAAUUUUACAGAAUUUAUUAUAGUAAACACCUGCCACUAUUAUGGACAGGCCAAGUAAAAGGAUAUAACUUGUUCUUUAAUUUUCGUUACUAUCUUGAAUUGUUGUAGUAAUGUUUUAAAGCCUCGGUCAUUUUUUAAAUUAAUUUAUAAAGAGCGAAAAGGAUUGUAUAAAAACUUUCGUACAUAGGAAAUAAGUAUACGAAUAAAAAGGGCAAAGACGUGUUGUUUCUGAAAUAUUUUUCUUAAUUUGGAAUCUUCAUGUGUGUCCUGAACUUGUUUUUCUUGCUUUGCACCUUUUUCGUUUAAAUUGGUUUUUAUUUUCAAUUAUGAGUUAAUGCUAUUUUGUUUUCUUAUCUAUUACUUAUUAAUAUUAUUAUUAUUAUUUUGAAAUUGGGUUUCCAGUGAAACGGUCCUUUGCGAAUCCGUUUCGUUAACUUGUACAUUCUUUCACAUCAUGAAUUCUAUCAAGUUAUUUGAAAUACGAUGUACACACUUAUGCUAAAGAAAUAAAAUUGUCGAAAAUA